GACACAGACACUGAGAGCCGAUAGAUUCACAGCAAAGCCAGGACGUCAGCUGGGGAAAAAGCAGCUGCAGGAAAUAAUACUGGAAGUAUAAGACAGAAUGGCGUCCCCAUUAGAGGAGGAUCUCUGCUGUCCUGUCUGUCAGGACAUAUUUAAUGAUCCUGUCGUCCUGUCAUGCAGCCACAGCUUCUGUAAAGGCUGUCUGCAGAACUGGUGGAGAGGGAAAACAAUACAGAAGUGUCCAAUUUGUGAGAAAACACCUUUACCCGAUCCACCUUAUAACUUGGCAUUGAAGAACCUGUGUGAGACCUUCUUACUGCAGAGAGAUCAGGACGCUUUAGCAGAGUUGGAAACUGUCUGCAGUCUGCACUCUGAGAAACUCAAACUCUUCUGCCUGGAACAUCAGCAGCCAGUGUGUAUCAUCUGCAAAGAUUCAAAAACACACAACAACCACAGAUUCAGACCCAUCGAUGAAGCUGCACAGGAGCACAAAGAGGGGCUGCAGAAAUCUCUGAAGCCCUUACAGGAGAAACUGAAGCUGUUUGAACAAGUUAAAGGAAACUGUGAUCAAACAGCAGAGCACAUUAAGGUCCAGGCCCGACACACAGUGAGGCUGAUUAAGGAGCAGUUUAAGAAACUUCACCAGUUUCUACAAGAGGAAGAGGAGGCCAGGAUCUCUGCUCUGAGGGAGGAAGAGGAGCAGAAGAGUCAGGUGAUGAAGGAGAAGACUGAGGCUCUGAACACAGAGAUAGCAGCUCUUUCAGACACAGUCAGAGCCACAGAGGAGGAGCUGAGAGCUGAAGACGUCUCAUUCCUGCAGAACUACAAGGCUGCAGUGGAAAGAGUCCAGCAGCGCCCCCUGCUGGAUGAUCCACAGCUGCCCUCAGGAGCUCUGAUAGACGAGGCCAAACAUCUGGGUAACCUGACCUUCAACAUCUGGAACAAGAUGAAGAAGAUGGUAUCCUAUGCUCCUGUGAUUCUGGAUCCAAACACUGCUCAUCCAGAGCUCAUCCUGUCUGAAGAUCUGACCAGUGUGAGAUGUGGAGAGAAACAGAAGCUUCCUGACAACCCAGAGAGGUUUGAUUCCUUCAUCUCCAUCCUGGGCUCUGAGGGCUUUAACUCAGGGACUCACAGCUGGGACAUUGAGGUUGGCUACAGUCCGGUCUGGGCAGUGGGAGUAUUAGCGGAGUCUGUCCUGAGUAACAAAGACAAACAGUCUGGAUUAUUCAGAGUUGUGUUCUGUGAUGGUGAGUACACAGCAGACCCAGAUCCAGAUUCCUCCGCUGCUCUUUCAGUGAAGAAGCAGCCACAGUGGAUCAGAGUUCACCUGGACUGGAAGAGAGGAAAACUGUCAUUCUCUGAUCCUGUCACUGAUACAGACAUACACACUUUCACACACACUUUCACUGAGAAGCUGUUUCCAUACUUUAACAUUGUAAAUGCAUACCCACUGAGGAUAUCACACAUUCCUGUCUCUGUGGUCAUACAGUGACAAACACAUGUUUCACUUCUUUUGAUCCUAUCAGUACCUGUAGCAGUUUGGACAUGGCUUCAGUUCGCCUCACUUCACUCAGCGCAGCAUAUCUGAUGCACUGUAUGUGAUCUAAAUCUGAAAAUGUAGAGUUGGCAGUUUGUCCUGUGGAUCCAGUCACCAAACACUAGCAUGAAACCCUUGUGCUGUUGCUGGAAUUUUUUACCUUUAUCCAACCAAUGAAAAGUUACAAUAUACUCUCUCUGUCUUAAGGCCUUUGAACACUGUUGGGAAUAGAAUGAUUUUAUGUGUUUUACUAUAUGUUGUGUUUCACUAUAUAAGUUUUAGAUGUGUGAACAAUGAGAACACUGAGAUGAUUUCAGCUGAUCUGAAUGUGUUUGCUUUGCAGAAGUGGAGAAGUACAGGAGAGGAAGAGACAUGAAGUCUGAGGAGCACGUGCCGCAAUGCUUAGAUAAUUAGUUUCAUAUAUGGUAAAAAGAAUAGAAAGUGAUGUCCAGAUUGUAAGGUACAGCACGUGUAGGGAGUUGUGUUGUUCUCUUGUCUUUCAAAACAGGAACCACGCCCCCACCGCCAGCAGGAAGGAGUCAGAUUAACAUGAGGCAGAGGCGUGGUGUGGCGAAGGAGGAAGUGGAACCGCCAAUGAGAAGAGGACAACGCCUCGCGUGCACAAUGACACUCUGUUACGCUCAAAUAUACUGGGUGAGGGGAAGGACAGGAGGUCAGACUUCGUGAACUGGCACACCUUUGUUGUUCGUCAGGGACGUGAAGUUGAGACCCAGAGCUCUGUAAUUUUAUUCCUUUACUGCUUAAUAAACCACAUUAAC